AUGGUUUUAUUUUUCAGGGUGGUGAAGGAAGAGAUCUCGGAUGACAAUGCAAAGCUACCAUGCUUCAACGGAAGAGUGGUGUCCUGGCUGGUCCUGGCUGAAAGCUCUCACUCUGACACAGGCUCCCAGUGCACUGAAAGCCACACGGACCUCCCUCCUCCCAUCGAGAGAACGGGUGGCAUCGGAGACUCGCGGCCUCCCUCAUUUCACCCAAAUGCUGCCAGCAGCCGAGAUGGACUGGACAACGAAACGGGAACAGAGUCGGUUGUUAGCCACAGGCGAGAGAGACACCGGCGGAGGAACAGGGAAGGCCAUGAAGACGAUCCCCCGAGCGGCUAAUAAAACUGCUGGAAAACAAAGAGGACAAGCAAAUGGCAGCAUGCGCUCCUCAGAGGGACUGCACGACUCUUAAGUUGUGUUCCCAUACCAAAGAGUUACCCACCAUGCGCACAAGAAGAGAGCAUUUGUGCUAAUGUAGAUGUUGUCUGUCUCUCAAGGGAGAGACAAUGACACCGACCUGCAGACAAAGAUGUGUUUUCCAAAGCGGACCUGGGCAACGUUAUCUUUUGAAUGCGAGUUCUCUGUUCCUGAAAAAAAUGUGUGUGGGAAGUACAGGGUGCUAGAGAAACAGAGAAAUAAUUGGCAUGGGGGAAACCAGGAGCCCCUUUGUAUCGAACUAAGGCUUUGUGUAAAUUAGAAAAUCUUUUCCCUGAUCACCUUUCAUUCUAAUUAGUAGCAAAUCUAUCUACUUGGCUGCAAAUAAAGUCACAGGCUGAAUGGGCAGGAACAGUGACUACGGGAGAACCCUGACUUCCUUUGUUCCCUGCCCUCCAGCCCCUUAAAGUACCAGAUGUCAACUUUUCCAAGGAUCAAGUACCAAGGCCCAUUAA